AUGGACGCGGAUCGAGCGGGCGGAGGCGGCGUGUCGGCGGAUUUGGUCGGGCGUGCGGGGUGUGCAAACCCUAGCUGGUUUGCACCCUUCCGAAGCCACGGCCACUUAGGCGAUGGGUUGGGCCGCGCGGGCCCGGCGCAGCGCACGUCCCGGCGCCUCCAGGCCAGCAUAGGCCCGAGCGGCCUAGGCGCGAGCGGCCCGAACGGCCCAGGCGCGAGCGGCCCGGACGGCCCGAGCGCGAGCGGUGUCGACGUCACGCACGGGAGCGCCCUCCCCUCCGGCUGGACAGGCGGCGGCGGCGCCGGAGCCAACUGCUCCGACCCGCGCCCGUCGGCCCCCGCGACGGCCUCGGCGGAGAAACGACAUCCAAGGCGGCCACCACCACCGAGGCCCCGGACGGCGAGACCCCCGGCACGGGCGGUGCUGCAAGGUGCGGCGGCCCCACCGGCGCCCGCGGCGGCGGCGGACGGCGCGGCCCCUGACCUACCACCAGGCGCCGUUGCGGAGGGGAGCGGCGCGGGACGACCACGUCAUGCAUAG